AUGCCACAAGUUACAAGUGCAUUAAAAGUUGGUUUUAUACUUAUAUUUCAAAUUAUGUAUGUUAUUGUAAAAGCUGCAAAUUCACCAAGACCUGGAACAUGGGUACUAGAACGUUCUAUGGAUGGUGAAAAUUAUCAACCUUGGCAAUAUUAUGCAAUUAGUGAUCAAGAAUGCUUAGAUCGAUUUGGUAUUGAAGCUACACCUGGAAAGCCACGAUUUAAAAGUGCUACGGAUGUAAUUUGUACAUCAUAUUAUUCGAAAUUAUUACCGUUAGAAAACGGUGAGAUUCACACAUCAUUAGUAAAUGGACGUUUGGAUACAAAUGAUUCGACAACCCAUUUCGAACAUUUGGAAUUUACAUUAGCACGCUUUGUACGAUUGCGUUUCUUACAAUUACGCGCGUCUAUUGCUGAGUCAUCACAACCAAAAUGGUUUACGUCUGGUACAUACUCUGAAGGACCUCGAGCACGUUUAUUAUCACCAAGUGGCAUUUCUGAAGCACAACGUGGAAAACGACUAUAUUAUUCGAUUCGUGAUAUAAGUAUUGGUGGCCAAUGUGUGUGUAAUGGACAUGCCAGUCAAUGCAUUCGGAAUAAUGUGACACAGUUAUUUGAAUGCGUUUGUGAACACAAUACUUGUGGCUUACAUUGCGAAUAUUGCUGUCCACUUUUCAAUCAGAUUCCGUAUCAAACUGGAUUUAAAACCCAACCAGAACCUAACAAUUUGGAACCAUUUCAAUGUGAGCAAUGUGAGUGUAACGGUCAUGCACAAGAAUGUCAGUAUGAUUCACGUAUAGCAAGUGAUAAGGAGAGUUUGGAUAUUACAGGACGAUAUCGCGGGGGCGGAAUUUGUAUAAAUUGUACGAAAUUUACAACCGGUGUGAAUUGUCAACAAUGUAUACCGGGCUUUUAUCGACCCGCUGAUCGUAAUCCAAAUCACCCAGAGCCAUGUGUUCCAUGUGAUUGUCAUCCGGCGGGAUCUUCUGGAGACUGUUUGCGUGAAGCAUUUCUAGAAGAUGAAAAUGUCGGAGACUGCAUGUGUAAACCAGGAUACACAGGUCCACGAUGUUCGGAAUGUGCGAAUGGAUAUCGUGGAUUUCCUAACUGUGAGCUAUGUCCAUGUGAUCCAAGAGGUACAGUUCCUGGAGAUGAUUGCGAAGGUGAUUGCACUUGUAAAUUAAAUGUCGAAGGAAAUACAUGCAGUCGUUGCAGAGAUGGUUACUUUGCACUUCAAGCACAAAAUUCAGAAGGUUGCAUUCCAUGUUACUGUUCUGGAGUCAGUAACACUUGUGAAUCAAAUAUUCCUGUUCCACAAAUCUACGAUACUCUAGAUGAUUGGCUCAUAACGGAUUUAUCCAUAACAACUACAGUGAAACCCACGGUCGAUACUGAUACAAAUUAUUUGUUAAUUGGAAAUUAUGAAUUACCUACAAUUGAAGCAUAUUAUUGGCUUGCACCAAGUCAAUAUUUAGGAAACAAAUUAGAAACAUAUGGAUCAUACCUGCAAUUUUCAAUUAAUUGGGUUGUAAUGCGCGGUGAUACUAGUGGUAAACCAACAAAUGGACCAGACAUAAUACUGGUAGGUGGAAAUGGAUUAAAAAUUGCGUAUGGAGAUAAGAGUUAUUCGGAAUCUAAUAAUGUUACGAUACAUGUUCGUUUAAUGGAAUCGGGAGAAGAUUGGUAUCACAUUCCGAACGAAAUUAACGAUAUUAUUACGCAUCGUACUCGACGUACUGAAUAUCGCGGAGCUUACGUUACUCGAACGCAAUUCUUAAGCGUCUUGACCGAUAUUAAGUAUUUGUUAGUUCGUGCAAAAUUUCAUACAGACCAAAUCGAAGUAGCACUAGAACGUGUAGUAUUAAAUAUUACUGACAAUUACGAUGGAAAUUUGGUGGAGAAAUGUGCAUGUCCCACAGGAUAUACAGGAUUAAGUUGUGAAACAUGUGAUUAUGGAUAUGUUAAAAUGGCGCUGCAUAAUAAUAUCAGUAUACAAACAUUACAAUGUAUCAAAUGUGAUUGUAACGGCCAUUCCCGAUCGUGCGAUUUAAAUACAGGACAAUGUUUUUGUGAACAUAAUACAAUCGGCGAAAAAUGUGAUCGUUGUGCGGUUGGAUAUUAUGGAUCGUAUCCAUUGUAUGGAUCACCAAAUGAUUGUAAACGAUGUGCAUGUCCUUUAGCUGUGCCAAGUAAUAAUUUUAGUCCAAGUUGUCAAUUGGAUACUUUAGAAUUGGUGGACGAUGAAAAUUUAACGGAACGAGAAGAGAAUUAUGUUUGUACGCAAUGUCCUCAUGGAUAUACAGGAGAUCAUUGUGAAAUAUGCGAUGAUGGAUAUUUUGGAAAUCCACUGGAAAUUGGUUCUAAAUGUGAACCAUGUGAUUGUGGUGGUGGACCAUGCGAUCACGUAACCGGCCAAUGUUUACGUUGUCGAGGUAAUACAGAAGGUGUAAAAUGUGAAAAAUGUAAACCUGGACAUUAUGGUGAUCCUAAAAUGGGUACAUGUAAACCAUGCCAGUGUGAUUUAGUUGGAUCCGUUAGUGAACAAUGUGAUAUGAUAACUGGUGCUUGCGAGUGUUUACCAAGAUAUACCGGUUUAACUUGCAGCGAAUGUGAGCCCGGAUUUGGAAAUGUUACGGCUGGUUGUCAGUCUUGUGAAUGUGAUGAAAUUGGAGCUGUAUCUCAAGAUUGUGAUCCUGUUAGUGGAAUAUGUGAAUGUCGAAUGGGAGUGGAAGGAUUUCAUUGUGAUGCUUGCCAACAUUUGUAUUAUGGAUUUUCUACCAAUGGCUGUGAAAGUUGUGGGUGUAAUUUACUUGGUUCAGAGCUGGCAACCUGUGACAUUGUGACCGGAAAAUGUCGUUGUAAAGCCCAUGUUAUUGGUCGAACGUGCGAUCAAUGUGAGCCUGGAUUUUGGGGAAUUAAUUCCAAUAAUGGAUGCGAACCAUGCAAUUGUGAUUCAAUUGGCAGUAUAAAUGGUACUUGUGAUCAAGAAACAGGACAAUGCUACUGUAAGCCAGGAGUCGGUGGAGCCAAAUGUGAUAACUGUUUAGAUCGAUAUUAUGAAUUUUCAGAAAAAGGAUGUAAAGAAUGUGAGUACUGUGAAAAACCAGGACAUGUAUGUGAUCCUGAUACAGGGCGAUGUGUGUGUCCUCCAUUCAGUCAUGGUACCGAUUGUAAUAAAUGUACACCCAACUCUUGGGGUUUCCAACCUCUUAGAGGAUGUAAACCAUGCCACUGUGAUCACGUAGGAUCAUUGCGCUCUCAAUGUGAUCCCUUUAUGGGACGUUGUUCUUGUCGUGAAGGAUAUACCGGUGACAAAUGUAACAAAUGUGCACCAGGUUAUUAUGGAUUUCCAAGAUGUAGACGAUGUAACUGUAAUAUACAAGGUACAUCCGAACAUGCCUGCGAUCGAAAUACUGGUUUAUGUUCGUGUAACGACCAAGGAUUUUGUCAUUGCAAAUCAAAUGUGGAAGGUAAAAAAUGUGAUACAUGUAAAGAUGGUACGUUUGGUUUAGAGAAAAGUAAUGCUGAAGGAUGUACGCAAUGUUAUUGCUUUGGACGAACAAGUCGUUGUACUCAAGCUGGUUUAACCUGGGGACAAAUACGUUUACCACAAAGUCGAGUUAUGAAAAUUGAAAAAGUGUUGCCUUCUCGGCGUCCUGUGAAUAAUAUUGCCUAUAUUUCACAUACGGUGUACAAAAAACCCAAAUAUCCAAGUCCAUACUACUAUCAAGCAUACGAAAAUAAUUUGGAAACGAACACAUUAAACAUAGAAUACUUAAAUGAAACGAAAGGCCUACAAAUAAUACCAGGUCUUGAUGGCAACAUAACAAUUGGAGCGUAUGAACCAUUUCAAAGUCCAUUAUAUUGGAAAUUACCAGAUUCAUUUUAUGGCGAUCACGUGGUUUCAUAUGGAGGUUACUUACAAUUUAAUACAUACACAGAAAAUAACAAUAAUUAUCGUCAAUUCUUUCCUCAAACAAUCCUAAAUUCGUAUCCAUUAAUAUUGAUAAAGGGUAAUGGAAUUACAUUAGCUCAUUAUCCAUUAUUACGUGGCAAGUAUGAAGUAAGAUUUCAUGAAUCAUUAUGGAACAUAUUUAAUGGAAUUGAUGGAUCUGAGUUGAAUCGAAUAAAGGACACGAAAGUAUCCAGGAAUUUGUUAAUGAUUGUUUUGCAAAAUGUUCAAGAAAUUUUAAUACGAGCAACUGAUGUUGAACUGUACACCAAGGCUGUUUUAGUAGAUGUGACAAUGGAUACAGCAAUUUUAGUAUCGGGUCAGCCUCCACCGUUAGCUAAGGGUGUGGAAUUAUGCGAUUGCCCUGAAAAGUAUAAUGCAAGUUCAUGUCAAAAUCCAAGUAUUGGAUUCUAUCGUUAUUACAAUAACCAUACAAAUGUCGAUGGUCAAAUUAUAAUCGAUGUUGGAGGGGAUGAUAUUACAAAGAUCAUUGGAGAUGUCAUCCCUUGUAAUUGCAAUGGUCGUAGCAAUACUUGUGAUAUUGAAACUGGAUAUUGUACGAAUUGUAAAGAAAACACAGCGGGGCACCAAUGUGAAACAUGCGUGGAAGGUUAUUAUGGAAGUCCUGACCACAUUGAUGGAUGUUUACCAUGUCCUUGCCCAUCUUCUAGUCAUAAUUUUGCACGCAGUUGUCAACAAGAUGCCGUGAGUGGUAUUUUCCGAUGUGUUUGCAAAGAAGGUUACAAAGGUCACCGUUGUGAACAAUGCAGUCUGGGAUACUAUCGCAAUCCAGUGACUGGUGGUUGUGAUUCAUGCAAUUGUGAUAUUUAUGGACGUGCAAGUGAAGAAUGUGAUCAAGUCACAGGACAAUGUAAUUGUAAGCCUGGUUUUAAUGGAACCGAUUGUUCCAAAUGUGAAGCGUAUCGUCAUGUGUUGGAUAAUCAACAAUGUCGCCCCGUGGACGAUUGUACAGCUCAAUUACUAAACAUAAUUGACGAGAUGAAUUACGAUUUAGACACAAACACUGAAGUAAUCAAAGAUGGUAAAAUUCCAGCACCAUAUCCAAAAUUAGAGGACUUGAAUAUGCGUACAACUCAAUACAUAAACGAUUUAUACCAAAUAAAAUCGAAUAUGCAAAAUGUUAUGAAAUUUCCAAAAGAACCACUGAAUAAUGCGAUCGAUCAAUUAAAAAUUUACGACACACGAUUGAAUAAAAUUGUUCGUGAAUCACAUAAUGCAUCGAAUAAAGCUGGACGUAUACCUGUGCGUAAUGGUAAAAGAAUAUUGGAAUAUAUCAACAAUGUCGAUUUUAAUGACGAAUUAAAUGACGUCACUUUAGUUUUAUACGAUUGCAAUGUACUUCUAAAGAAACUUUUAAAAAUCACUGGUGAUUUAAGUGAAUAUUAUGAACGAUUUAAUGAUAUUAAACGUAUCAUUGAUUAUACAAUUGAUAAAAUUGCUGAAACUGAACGAUUAAAUCAACAUAAUAAAGAUAAUUUCAAACAAUUAAGAAGUAUAAACGAUCACAUUUAUGAAGAACAAACUAAAUUUGAAAAUACUAUACCGGAUCGUACAAAUUUAGAUCAACUGAACGAUUUGAGUAUGGAUAUUGAUACGACACUGAAAGAUUUGAAAUUUAGUAUCGAUGAAUUGAAUGAUUUAAAAAAACAGUUAGAAUUAGAUUUAGAUGAAGACUUUAAUAUUACGGCAAUACGUUCGCGAUUGAAUGAAGCCGUUAAUUAUUCGAAAUUUUUAACAAAUUUAGCUGAUAGUUACGAAGAAAAAUUCAAAUCAACAAAAGACAAAGCCUUACGCUCGGUAGAAGCAAGUCAAGUUUAUAAAAAUAUUAAAAAUAAUAUAACAAGUGCUCAAGAUAAAAUUAAAGAAGCUUUGGAUCACAUUCGCUAUGUAAAUGAAACGCUUAAUCCACAAUUUGAAAUAUCCUUACUCGACAAUGCAUUAAACACUUUAUCCAGAUCGAAUCGAAUUAAACAAAAAGCAGAACAACAAAAGAAUGCUGUUGAAAAUCUGUACAAACAACAAUUACGUUUAAAUUUUACACUGGACUCGGUAAAAGAUGCAUUGUGGACCACUGGUUUAAAGGAUAAUAAUAUUUCAAAAACAUUAGCUGAUUUUAAUUCAAGUGUUACGAAUUCCAUGAAACGUGUUCUACAAGAAGCGACACAAGAAUCGGCUGACAUGAAAGAUUUAUAUAAUCAAGCGAAACAAAUUCAAGACGACAAAGCUUAUAAAUUAUUACCAGCAUUAAACGAUUUAAAUGCAACUGAAGCUAAUAUAUCAGUUACAGUUUCAUCCUAUGAAGAAAAAUUGGCUGAAGCACAAACUCGUCGCGAUACUUUAGACGCCCGAUUAGAAAGCCUGCAAAUAAUGGCAAAGCAUCAACGAGACAUAAUUAAUCACUGGAAUGAUUCAUUAAUUGAUAAAUUGCAAAAUUUAAAGAAUAAAAUUGACCAAGCUAGACGUUUAGCUAGCGAGGUUCGUAUCCCAUUGACAAGUCAAGAUGAACAAAAAUGUACCAGAGUAUACCGACCAUUCAGUGUACCCAUGGGAAAUUCGACAUCUACUACAAUUUCAUUUGUAUUUUCACGUGUUUCCGAUGUGGAAAAUUCUCCAAUUAUUUAUUUUGGAAAUACCAAUAAACAUUUUAUAUCAGUUGACAUGAUCAAUAAAACGAUACGAUUAGCAUGGAAAUUAGGAGAUGAUACAGGAAUUGUUAUACAUCCUGAAAUUAUAGAAAAAUUAACGAAGAAUUCUGGAUACUAUUAUCGUGUUCAAGUGGAAAGGAUACGCAAUAUUGGAACUCUAUCGGUUAAUAAACGUUACUUAUCGAAUGGUACUACAGUUUCAUCACAAGAGUGGAAACCAUCUGAAACAAAAACAACAAAUCCACGCUAUACCAUAUUUAAUUUUGGAUCGGUGACCGAUGUUUGGGUGGGCGGAACACCAAGCAAAGCACAAAAGAUUCAUCCCAUUUUGUUAAAAGAACAAGGUUUAAUGUUAUCAAUUUAUGAUUUAAUUGUUAAUGAGAAUCCAAUUGGUUUAUGGAAUUAUCAUGAAACCCAGAAAGGUGCAUGUAAGAGUGACACAUAUUGGACAUACUCUUUGAACGAAUAUCAAUUUAAUGGUGCUGGGUAUGCUGUACGAGAAAUGAAAAAUCAAUUUGCUUCAACCAGAAUGAGUAUUACUUUAACGUUCAAAACAUUUGAUGAAGAUGCUUUACUUAUUGCUGUAGUGAGCCCCAAAAAUAAUAGUUUUCUUUCAAUAUCUUUGGAAGAGGGUUACUUAAUUUACUACGUGCAAUAUGUAGGUGAAUCACAAUUAAAAAUACGUACAGAUGAAAAGUACAACACUGGUAAAUUAGUAAAAAUUGAGGGUAGUCGUGAAUUUAAUCGGAAAAAACAGGAGAAUGCAAUAUUACGAGUAAAUGGUAAAUUGUAUAGAAAUAAAACUGACAUUCCUGUUAAGAAAAAAGAAGAUUUACCAGAUUUAAAAACAGCAAGAUAUUAUUUGGGUGGUUUGUCGCCAACAUUAGUGCGUAAUAUGAAAUAUAUGGUUAGCACAUUUAAACCGUAUGAUUCUUUCUUGGGAUGUAUGUUCGAUAUUGAAGUGGAUCAAGUUUUAAUUGACCCAGUGGAUACAGAACAUGAUGGUGUAGAUUAUUCAUGUUCAGAAAGAACAUUGAAUCGAGUUGGCUUCUUGGGCCUAGGAUACGUAAAGUUGGGUCUAAAAGCAACAAAGAAAUUCGACUCCUUCAGUUUCAUUUUUAAUACACAAAAUGAAAAUGCAUUAUUAGCACUAUUAACUUUAGUGAGUGAACAACAACCCAAAGAAAUUUCAUAUAUUCUAGUCAGAAUGAAGUCAGGUCAAAUUGAAUGCGAAAUUAAAUUGGGAAAAUCAACAAGUAUAUUAUUAUCUAAUGAAAAUUAUAAUGAUGGAUUUGCGCAUGUAUUUUCAUUGAGCAAAGGACCAAAACAUAUGGAGUUACGUAUGGAUGAUGUCCUGAAAGAUCAAUUAGGGCAAAAAAUCCAUGGACUUGGUGAUAUUGUUUAUUUUGGAGGGUUCCCAGAUAAAUAUUUAGGAAAUACUGUCAUUCAUGAACAAUCAUUUGAAGGAACUAUUUUGGAUGUUACCAUUAACGAUGAGCUAAUUUUAUUUAAUUCUCCAUUGGCCUUUGAACAUGUCCGAAUCGGACGAAACGGCCCUUCAUACACACCAGCACUUACAAUGGAAAUGCCAUCAAAUACACCACCAUUAAGUAUGAGCUCAUUGGACGAUGGAGCUUGUAAUAAAAAUGUAAAUUAUUCUAUUGAACCUGGGGCAUUAAAAUUUGGUGAUGGUCCAUAUAGUCAUGUUCAACAUCCAUUAAAAAUUGCAGAUUUUUGGCAAAAAAAUUUUCGUUUAGAAUUUGAUUUCCGUACAUUCUAUCCGAAUGGAAUGUUAUUUGUAUCACCUGGUCUUCAAAAAGGCAAACAAAGGCAUCAUAUUUUAUUGCAGAUUAAAAAUAGCACAGUACAACUAUCAAUCAAAGGCAGGAAAAAACGUGAAUUCCAUUUACCUAUUAAAGUAAAUGAUGGAAAGUGGCAUUCAGUUCAAAUUCAAAGUACGGAUAAUCGAUGGACACUAACUGUUGAUGAAAAAUCAACACAUCCACAAAAACGACCAAAGAAAUUAAAUGUAGCAAAUAAAAUUUAUAUUGGUGCGUGGCCUGAAUAUGGAAAUCGCUUACCAACCAGUCUUGUUCAAGACUUGGAAACCUUUAAAGGAUGUGUUCGCCGUUUAAAAGUGAAUGGAUUUCCACGCGAUUUGACUAGUAAUAAAACCAAUGAUGUUCUUCAUAAUACGGGAGAGUGUUUUCCACAUAUUGAAAGUGGUUCCUAUUUUAAUGGGGAUGCAUUUGCAAUUUACAGAAAAAAUUUCCAAUUAUCUACCUCGUUAGAGUUUAGUCUUGAAUUCAAAACAACCGAAUUAAAUGGAAUUCUAUUAACAACUGCCGGAUCAAAUAAUCCACCAAUGUUUUCAUUAGAACUAAAUAACGGACGUGUAAUUUUGUCAGCUCAAGUCAAUUAUGAAAAGCCAAUUCAUGUAGAAGUAGCUUUACCAUCUCCCUACGACAUUUGUGAUAAUAAAUGGCAUAAAAUACGUGGAUUUUAUUCGGAAAAUGAGCCGAUUAUUGUAAAAAUUGAUGAUAUUGAAUCAAUGCCAUCAUAUGUUUCCCUGGGUGAAGUCAAUAAUCAAAUACGCAUCAAUUUUGAGAAUGCUUUAUAUAUUGGAGGACUACCAGAUGUUUUACCAAGCGGAACAUUACAAACACGUGACAAUUUCCAUGGAUGUAUUAAAAAUAUAGCAAUUGGAAACGAGAAACGUGAUUGGACUGAUAUGGAAGAACUAUACAAUAUUUUAUUAAGUUCAUGUCCAGUUUAGAAAAUUAUUCGAAUUAAAUAUUUAAAACAUCGAGCAAACUACAAUCGAUAUUAGAG